GGCUCUCGGCCUAGAAGCUCCUGCCGAGCGGAGCGUCUUCACGGUCCUUGGAGACGCGGCCUGGCGGGAUGGCGGAGGAAGCAGCCGUGGCCGUCUGCGUGCGAGUGCGGCCGCUCAACAGCAGAGAGGAAGAACUUGGUGAGGCUACUCAAGUCUACUGGAAAACUGACAAUAAUGCUAUUUAUCAAGUUGAUGGGAGUAAAUCCUUCAGUUUUGAUCGUGUCUUUCACAGUAAUGAAACCACAAAAAAUGUGUAUGAGGAAAUAGCAGUACCAAUCAUUGACUCUGCCAUACAAGGCUAUAAUGGUACCAUAUUUGCCUAUGGGCAGACUGCUUCAGGAAAAACACACACAAUGAUGGGUUCAGAAGACUGUUUGGGAGUUAUACCCAGGGCAAUUCAUGACAUUUUCCAAAAAAUUAAGAAGUUCCCUGAUAGGGAAUUUCUUCUGCGUGUGUCUUACAUGGAGAUAUACAAUGAAACCAUUACAGAUUUACUCUGUAACACUGAAAAAAUGAAGCCUUUAAUAAUUCGGGAGGACAUCAAUAGGAAUGUAUAUGUUGCUGAUCUUACCGAAGAAGUUGUUUAUACAUCAGAAAUGGCUUUGAAAUGGAUAACAAAAGGAGAAAAGAACAGACAUUAUGGAAUUACCAAAAUGAAUCAAAGAAGCAGUCGUUCUCAUACUAUUUUUAGGAUGAUUUUAGAAAGCAGAGAAAAAGGCGAGCCAUCUAAUUGUGAAGGGUCUAUCAAGGUUUCCCAUUUGAAUUUGGUUGAUCUUGCAGGCAGUGAGAGAGCUGCUCAAACAGGAGCUGAAGGUGUACGACUCAAAGAAGGCUGCAAUAUAAAUCGAAGCUUAUUUAUUUUGGGGCAGGUGAUCAAGAAACUUAGUGAUGGACAAGUUGGUGGUUUUAUAAAUUAUCGGGAUAGCAAAUUAACACGAAUUCUUCAGAAUUCCUUGGGAGGAAAUGCAAAAACACGUAUUAUCUGCACAAUUACUCCGGUGUCUUUUGAUGAAACGCUUACUACUCUCCAGUUUGCCAGCACUGCUAAAUAUAUGAAGAAUACUCCUUAUGUUAAUGAAGUGUCAAGUGAUGAAGCUCUCCUGAAAAGAUAUAGAAAAGAAAUAGUAGAUCUUAAAAGACAAUUAGAGGAGGUAAAUAUAAAGACUCGGGCCCAGGAAAUGGAGAAAGACCAAUUGGCCCAACUUUUGGAUGAAAAAGAUCUGCUUCAAAAAGUACAGGAUGAGAAAAUUCAAAACUUAACACGGAUGCUGGUGACCUCUUCUUCCCUUACAUCACAGCAGGAAUUAAAGGCUAAAAGAAAGAGAAGAGUUACUUGGUGCUUUGGCAAAAUUAACAAAAUGAAGGACUCAAACUACGUAAAUGAAUUCAAUUUGCCAAAAAAUGUAACAACAAAAACAAAUAAGACUGCCAUGCCUGUAUUAGGAGAAAUUGAUGAAUCACUCUGUUUAGAAUCUGAUAUCUUCAGCAACACCCUUGAUACAUUGACUGAGAUGGAGUGGAACUCAGCAACAAAGAUACUAAAUCAGGAAAACUUAGAAAGUGAUUUAAACUCACUUCGUGCUAAAUAUGAUAACCUAGUAUUAGAUUAUGAACAACUAAGAAGAGAAAAUGAAGAAUUGACAGUGAAAUUAAAAGAAAAGAAUGAUUUGGAUGAAUUUGAAGCUCUAGAAAGAAAAACUGAAAAAGAUCAAGAGAUGCAACUAAUUCAUGAGAUUUCCAACUUAAAGAAUUUAGUUAAGCAUGCAGAAGUAUAUAAUCAAGAUCUUGAGAAUGAACUGAGCUCAAAAGUAGAGCUGCUUAGAGAAAAAGAAGACCAGAUUAAGAAGCUACAGGAAUACAUAGACUCUCAGAAAUCAGAAAAUAUUACAAACAUGGACUUGUCGUACUCAUCGGAAAACACUGAAGACUUAAAGCAAAUGAAACAGACUCUGUUUGAUGCUGAAACUGUAGCCCUAGAUGCCAAGAGGGAAUCAGCCUUUCUCAGAAGUGAGAAUCUGGAGCUGAAAGAGAAAAUGAAAGAACUUGCUAGUACAUGCAAGCAAAUGGAAAGUGAUGUUCAGUUAUUGCAAAGCCAAUUGGAAGCAAAAAAGAAAAUGCAGGUUGACCUGGAGAAAGAAUUACAGUCUGCUUUUAAUGAAAUAACAAAACUGACCUCUCUAAUAGAUGGCAAAGUUCCAAAAGAUUUGCUUUGUAAUUUUGAAUUGGAGAAAAGGAUUACAGAUCUGCAGAAAGAAGUGAAUAAAGAAGUUGAAGAAAAUAAAGCUUUGCGGAAAGAAGUUAAUUCACUCUCAGAAUUGAAAUCAUUACUCCCUGAGAUAGAAAUGCUGAGAAAAGAGAUAAAUGAUAAAUCUGAAGAAAUCUGUGUGAUAACGUCAGAAAAAGAUAGAUUGUUAUCUGAAGUAGUUGAUAAGGAGAGUAGAAUUCAAGGUUUACUUGAAGAAAUUGGAAAAACUAAAGAUGACCUAGCAGCUAUUCAGUUGAAUUAUAAAAGCACUAAUCAAGAAUUCCAAGAUUUCAAGACCCUUCAUCUGGAAUUUCAGCAGAAGUAUAAUACAGUCCUAGAGGAAAAUAAGAGAAUGAAUCAAGAAAUGGGAAGUCUCUCUAAAGAAGCACAAAAAUUUCGUUUAAAUUUAGAUACUUUGAAGACUGAGCUUUCUCACAAGACCCAAGAACUUAACCAAAAAACAACUGAAGGCCAAGAGAAGUUAAAUGAAAUGGAACAAUUGAAGGAACAAUUAGAAACUAGAGAUUUGAGGCUGCAAACUAUAGAAAGGGAGAAAACAUUCAUUGCUGAGGAACUUCAGCAAACCUUAGAAGAAGUAAGAAUAUUGACUCAAGAAAAAGAUGACCUAAGACAACUCCAAGAGAGUCUUCAAACAGAGAGGGACCAACUUAAAAGUGAUAUUCAGGAUACAGUAAAUAUGAACAUAGAUACACAAGAACAAUUACGGAAUGCUCUUGAGUCACUGAAACAACACCAAGAAACAAUUACCAUACUAAAAAUGAAAAUUUCUGAGGAAACAGCCAGGAAUUUGCAUGUAGAGGAAAACAUGGGAGAAACUGAAGAUGAAUUACAGCAAAAGAUGGUUGACAUAGAUAAAAACCAAAAUUUGGAUGCCCAAAAAACCAAAGCAUUGAUUGCAGAUGUUAAGGACAAUGAAGCAAGUGAGCAACAGAGGAAGAUGCUUUCCUUAAUACAGGAGAAAAAGGAACUCCAACAAAGGUUAGAGAAUAUUACAGCAGAAAAGGAACAGUUGAAGACCGACCUAAAGGAAAAUAUUGAAAUGACCAUUGAAAACCAGGAAGAGUUAAGAAUUCUUGGCGAUGAACUAAAAAAGCAACAAGAAAUUGUUGUACAAGAAAAGAACUGUACCAUAAAGAAGGAAGAAGAGCUCUCUAGGGCCUAUGAGAAGCUGGCAGAAGUUGAAGAAAAACUAAAGGAAAAGACUGAACAGUUCCAAGAAAAACAGCAACAACUUCUUAGAGUUCAAGAAGAGAUGAGUGAAAUGCAGAAAAAGAUGAAUGAAAUGGAAAAUUUAAAGAAUGAAAUCAAGAACCAAGGAUUAAAGUUGGAACAAAUGGAAACAGAGAGGCUUGAGUUGGCUCAGAAACUUCAAGAAAAUUAUAAAGAAAAGAACUCUAUAACCAAGGAAAGAAAUGAUCUAAAGGAAUUACAGGAGACAUUUGAAAUAGAGAGGGACCAACUUAAAGGAUACAUAAAAGAAAUUGAAGCUACAGGCCUACAAACAAAAGAAGAACUAAAAAUUGCUCACAUGAAUCUAAAAGAACAGCAAGAAACCAUUGAUGAACUAAGAAGAAGCCUUUCUGAAAAGACAGCUCAAAUGAAAAUUACUCAGGAGGACUUAGAAAAAUCCAACACCAAAUUACAAAAGAUCUCAGUGCUUCCUGAGGAGCAGGAGCUACUUCCUAAUGUUAAAGAAGUCAGUGAGGCUCAGGAAACAAUGAGUGAACUGCAGUUACUGAAAGAACAAUCUAAAAUCAAGGAGUCCACAACUCCCGCCAGCAUAGAAAUGGAAAAGUUGACUGAGAAACUCCAAGAAAGUCAUGAAGAGAUAAAAUCUCUAACUAAGGAAAGAGAUGACCUUAAGUUGAUAAAAGAAGCACUUCAGCUUGAACGUGACCAACUGAAAGAAGACAUGCAAGAAAAUUUGGCUAAAAUUCAACAGAUUCAAGGAAAAGAGGAACAGUGGUUCAGUAUGAAAGAAAAAGAUGAGACUACUAAAAUCAUGAGUGAGAUGGAAAAAUUGAAGGAAGAAUUCAAAGCCAAAGAUUCAGCACUAGUAAGAAUAGAAAUGGAAAAACUGAAGUUGUCCGAGAGACUUCAAGAUAGUCUCGAUGAAGUGAAAUCUGUGGCCAAGGAGAGAGAUGACCUGGAGAGGCUGCAAGAAGCUCUUCAGUCAGAAAGCAAGCAGCUUAAAGACGACAUACAAGAAAUCAUAGCUAAACACCUAGAAACUGAAGAGGAACUUAAAGUUGUUCGUCGUUGCCUAAAAGAACAAGAGGAAACUAUUGAUAAGUUGAGAGUGGAUCUUUCAGCAAAGGAAACUGAAAUAUCCAGCAUGCAAAAGGAAUUGGAAAUGACCAAUGUUGAAUUACAGAAAAAGAUCCAAGAGCUUUAUGAGAAACCAGAACAACUGAUUAGUGUAAAGGAAGUUUGUGAGCCUCAGGGAAAAAUGAGUGAACUGGAACAAUUCAAGGAGCUUCUCGAAGCCAAGGAGUCAACACUACAAAAUACAGAAUGUGAGAAACUUGAGUUAACCGAAAGACUUCAAAAAAGUCAAGAAGAAAUAAGAAUUAUAAUUAAGGAAAGAGAUGAGUUGAAAAGGAUACAGGAGGCCCUUCAAAUAGAAAGAGACCAACUGAAAGAAAACAUGAAAGAAAUUACAGCUAAAAUCCAAGAACUUGAAGAAAAAGAACAGCAGUAUAUUCAGGUGAAAGCUGUGAAUGAAUCUCAGGCAAAAAUGUGUGAAAUGGAACACUUGAGAGAGCAAUUUGAGACCCAGAAGUCAACACUGGAAAACGUAGAAAUGGAGAAUGUACAGCUGAGACAGAGGAUCCAUGAAAACCUUGAGGAAAUGAGAUCUGUAUUAAAAGAAAGAGAUGACCUUAGGGAAAUGGAGGAGACUCUCAAAGCAGAGAGAGACCAGCUUAAGGAAUACCUAAGAGAAAUUCUAACUAAAGACCUGGAAAAACAAGAGGAACUAAAAAUUGCACACAUGCACCUCAAAGAGCACCAAGAAACUGUUGAUAAACUGAGAGAGAUUAUUUCAGAGAAGACAGAUGAAAUAGCAAAUAUACAGAUGGAUUUAGAAAGCUCAGAUUCUGCCUUAAAAGCACAGAUCCAAGAACUUCAGGAGAAAGAAUGUCAACUUAUUAAAGUAAAAAAUGAUCUCCGAGAAACUGUGUAUCAAACAGAGCAAUUGAAGAAGCAAUUAGAGUCCCAGAAUUCAAUUUUGGAAAGUACAGAAAUGGAGAAGUUAAGAUUGACUCAGAAACUUCAUGAAAAUCUUGAAGAAAUAAGACUUAUUACUAAGGAAAAUGAUGACCUGAAAAGAGUAAAAGAAGCCCUCAAAAUGGAACGAGACCAACUUAGGGAGUGCCUUCAAGAAACAGAAGCUAAAGAUCUGAAAAAACAAGAGGAACUAAGUAUUGCUCACAAGGAUCUGAAAGAGCACCAAGAAACUGUCGAUAAACUCCAAGAGAUUGUUUCUGAGAAGACAAAUGAAAUUGCAAAUCUGCAAAGAGAUUUAGAAAAGUCAAAUGCUAAAUUACAAGAAAAGAUUCAAGAACUUAAGACAAGUGACCAUCAACUUUUUAAGUUAAAAGAAGAUAUCAGUGAGAUGCAGAAACAACUCAAGAACCAAAGUUUAACUCUCAAUAAGAUAGAAAUGGAGAAUUUAAAUUUGGCCCAAAAUCUUCAUGAAAACCUUGAAGAAAUGAAAUCUGUAAUGAAAGAAAGAGAUAAGUUAAAGAGAAUAGAGGAGAGUCUCAAACUGGAGAGAGAUCAACUCAAAGAAAACCUACAGGAAACCAUAGCUAGAGAUCUGGCAACAAAAGAGGAACUAAAAAUUGCUCAUAUGCAUUUGAAAGAUCAGCAAGAAACUAUUGGUAAAUUAAAAGAGAAAUUUUCAGAAAGGACAACUCAGAUUUCAAAUAUUCAGAGGGAUUUAGAUAAAUCAAACGAUGAACUGCAGAAAAAGGACCAACAGAACAGCAAAGAGCUAGUAGAACAUGAGAAAGUGUUAAUGGCUGAUGGGCAACAACAACACCCUAUAGAAAGCCUGAGAGAAAAAUGCUUUAGGAUAAAAGAGCUUCUAAAAAGAUACUCAGAAAUGGAGAAUCAUUAUGAGUACUUGAAUAGAAUGUCUCUUGAUUUGGAGAAGGAAAUUGAAACCCAAAAAGAGCUUUCAAUUAGAGUAAAAGCAAACCUGCCACUUCCAUAUCCACAAGCCAAACAGAUUCAAAAACUUCUUACUGCAAACCAGAGAUGUUCCAUGGAAUUCCAUAGAAUCAUGAAGAAACUUAAGUAUGUGUUAAGCCAUGUUGCAAAGAUAAAAGAAGAACAACAUGAAUCCACCAAUAGAUUUGAAAUGGCUUUUAUUGAUGAAAUGGAAAAGCACAAUGAGUUGCUAAUUAAAAUACAGCAUCUUCAACAAGAUUAUGAUGUCCCAUCCAAAGACGUAAGGAUCCUCAAAUUGAACCAGAAUCUGGAUCUACAUAUUGAGGAAAUUCUCAAAGAUUUUUCAGAAAAUGACUUCCCUAGCAUAAAGGCUGAAUUUCAACAAAUAUUAAGUAAUAGGAAAGCAAUGACUCAGUUUUUAGAAGAGUGGUUAAAUACUCACUUUGAUGAAGAAAAGCUUAAAAAUGGCAUCCAGAAAGAAAAUGAUAGCAUUUGUCAAGUAAAUAACUUCUAUAAUAAUAAAAUAAUUGCUGUAAUAAAUGAAUCAACAGAGUUUGAAGAAAGAAGUGCUACCGUAUCUAAACAGUGGGAACAUGACCUGAAAUCAAUAAAGGAGAAAAAUAAAAAACUGUUUAAAGACUACCAGACUUUGAAGGUCACCUUGGCAUCUGACACCCAUGUUAACCCUAUUACACAAGACUAUAAGAAUCCUCAUGUUACAUCAAGAGCUACACGACUAAGCACAGAGAGAAUUCAAGAGCUAGAAACUUCACUACGUGAAGCUAAAGAAAGUGCUAUACAUAAGGAAGGCAAAAUUGUAAAGAUGCAGAAAGAACUUGACAUGACGAAUGAAAUAAUAGCAAAACUUCAAGCCAAAGUUAAUGAAUCAAAUAAAUGCCUUGAAAAAACAAAAGAAAUGGUUCAAAUACUUCAGGAUAAAGUUGCUUUAGGAGCUAAACCUUAUAAAGAAGAAAUUGAAGAUCUCAAAACAAAGCUGGUGAAAAUAGACCUAGAGAAUGUGAAAAAUGCCAAGGAAUUUGAAAAAGAAAUUAAGUCUACAAAAGCCACUGUAGAAUAUCAAAAAGAAGUUAUAAGGGUAUUGAGAGAAAAUCUAAGAAGAAAUCAACAUGACCAAGAUACCUCAAUGAUUUCAGAACAUAUUGAUUCCCAGCCUUCAAAUAAACCCUUAACCUGUGGGGGUGGCAGCGGCAUUGUACAAAGCACAAAAGCGCUUAUUUUGAAAAGUGAAUAUAUAAGGCUCGAAAAGGAAAUUUCUAAGUUAAAGCAGCAAAAUGAACAGCUAAUAAAGCAAAAGAAUGAAUUAUUAAGCAACAAUCAUCAUCUUAACAAUGAGGUCAAAAUUUGGAAGGAAAGAACGUUUAAGAGAGAGACUCAUAAAGAUGUGACUUGUGAAAAUUCUCUGAAGUCUCCAAAAGUGAUUGCAACAGACUGUAAAAGGAGACCAAAUAUACCUUCUCAAUGCAAGGAGCGGAAUUUACAAGAUCCUGUGCCAAAAGAGUCACCAAAAUCUUGGUUUUUUGAUAACAGAUCAAAGUCUUUACCAUCACCUCAUCCAGCUCGCUAUUUUGAUAACUCGGGUUUAGGCCUUUGCCCAGAGGAACAAACUGUGGGAACAGAGAAUGUAGAUCCUCAGCCGGCUCCCUGGCACACCUCCUCAGAGAAAGAUGGGCCUGAGUGCAGAACUCAGUAGCAGACUCCUCUUCUGUCAUUUCUCUGGGGUCUCAGCGUUUCUGGUUUGGAAAUGACUUUAUAUGUCUAUCCCUGGAAAUGAUGUCAUAAUCCAACUUAAUUUUAGUUUUCACUUUACCACUAGUGUUUGGAGAUGAAGGAACACAAAGUUAAUGCUUCCAGUAAUUUAGAGUGAUGCUAGCAAUACCUUCUUGCAUGUGGAAAUACUUUUAAUAGUUGAAUUGUUUUUAUUUAUUUAUGUGUUUUAUAAAGAAUAAAAUUAUUGAAGGAAAUUUUCAAUCCUUCCACAGAGACAUAAAAUGUAUACAAUUUUAUUAAUGUAGUUAUUCACAUUUAAUAACUGUAAAUUGUUUCAUGUUUUCUGGUAAGCCACCCACCCCAUUCUCUAUAUAAGCACACUUGGCUGGUUUAUCUGAUGAGAUCAGACACAUUCAGGAUGGUAUGGCCAUAGACAACUUGGUUGGUUUAUUACAGACUUUGUUCUCCAUGUAUGUUACUCCCAGCUGCAAAAACCUCAGAGAUUAUUUAUUCUACUCUUCCUUUUUGAUGUGAGGAAACAGCACUACAAUUUCUACCAUUUUAAACCUGGAGACCACAGGUCUAAGACAUCAGCUAUCUAAGACAUGUAUAUAGAUGGGCUUCAUGAGAUCUGUGAAACUUCUGAAAUAUAUGUGAAGUAUUGUGUGUGGAUUUAUUCUUCUGGGAUAUUAGGGUCUAAGAUUGCUUUGAUCCUAUUCUCAGAGGACUCUCUGACCCUAUAAAAGUUUAAAAACUAUGGUUUUUAUUUUAUAUCAGAUGAUUUUUAAAAGCCACUUAAAAUAGUAAAUUGCAUACAGUUACAGAACAGUUAGUGAUUUCAAGAUAUCCUUGACUUUUAGAAGAUUCAUUCAAAGGGAGAAAUUAUAGAUUUUAUAAAUCAUUAUUUUAGAGUAUGUCCCAAAGAAUUUUUUAUGAGCACAUCUUCACCUUUAAAUCAAAAAGUGAGGCAGAUUACAUUCAGUGUAAUAUUGGCAACCUACAAAAGCUAAGAAACUGCAAAACCUGAAAUGAAAUCAAACUUAAAUCUUUGGGGGAAAGCAUUGUGGCAUGGCAGCUUAAUCCACUGCACUUGGGACACCCAUAUCCCAUAUCGAAGUCAUGGAGUAAAGCUCAGGAAGGCUGAUGAUGAAAACCAUUAAUGAAAAUAGAAGAGUGUUAAAAAGCAAUAAUGUGGACAGACAAUACUAAAAUUGAUUUUAAAACUAAAAUCAGACCAGAGAAGACAAAAUAUUCUGUUGACAAGCCUACAGUGUGUUAGUCAAGGGUUCCAGAGAAACAAACCAAUAAGACAAGAUAAACAAAGGGGAUUUGUUAGAAUUGGCUUACACAGUAAUGGAGUCUGAGAAGUUCCACAACAGACCAUUUGCAAGCUGGGAAACUAUUAGUGUGUCUCAGUCCAAGUCCAAAAGCCUCAGAAUCAGGGAAGUGUAUGGUGUGACUCUCAGCCUGAGGCCAUAAGCCUGUGAAUCCAUCAGGGUCCUAAUCUGAGUUCUGAAGUCCUAGGGCCAGAGAACCUGGAGUUCCAAUGUCCAUGGGCAGAAGAUGGGUAUCCCAAUGUCACAAGAGAGAACCCACCUUUUCUCUGCCCCCUUUGUUCUAUUCAUGCCUUCAACCAACCAGAACGUGUCAGCUCACAUUGAAUAAUCUGAAUCUUCCUUACCUCUGACCCCACUGCCACUUUCACAGACACACCCAGAAAUAAUGCCUUGCCAUCUCUCUGGAUGUAUCUUAAUCCAGUCGUUGACACCUGAAACUACAAAUUGCAAACAUUUUCUUGAGAUCCUGUCAGGAUUAUAUUCAAGAAAGUUUUGAGAGCCUGCCAUUCAUUCUGUAUCUACUUUGUGCCAAAUACUGUUUCAGGCACUGAAAGGUACUAACAAUAUGGGAUUCAAAUUAUGGAUGGGGAAGCAAGCAAAUAGCUACUAUGCGUUUUAUAUGAGUUAUUCACAGUGUAAGGGCAUGAAGACGUGGCCCCUACCCUGGAAGACAUUUAAUCUGGUAGCAAUACAAAAGAGUAAGCAAAGAUUUGCAACACCAGAAGACUCGGCCUCUUCUAGAAGAAGCAUCAUUGCUGAAGAUCACUGAAGAAUGCUACAUCAACAUUUUUGAAAAGAAGAAAUACAAAUGGUUAACAAACAUGAAAAACUUCCUCAGUGUCCUAGUAUCAGUAUCAGAGAAAUGCAAAUCAAAGCCCCAAUGAGGUUACUGUCACGUUCCAGUUAGAAUGGCUAUUAUCAAAAGAAAAUAACAAAUGUUGGUGAGGUUGCAGAAAAAAGGGAACCAUUGUACACUGUUAGUGGGAAUGCAAAUUAGUACAUCAUUAUAGAAAACAGUAUGGAGAUUAAUCAAAAAACUAAAAGUAUACCUACCACUUGACCCAGCUCCCCCACUUCUGGGAAUAGAUUCUAAAGAAAUGAAACCAGUAUAUGAAAGAAAUACCUGCACUCCCUUAUCUGUAGCAGUCCAAUUUACAGUGGUGAAAAUGUGGAAUACCAAGAUGUCAAUGAAUCAAUGAAUGAAUAAAGAAAAUGUGACAUAUAUACAUAAUGGAAUAUUGCCUAGGCAUAAAAAAGAAUGAAGUCCCUGACAUUUGCAACAAAAUGGAUGGAAUUAAAGAUCAUUAUUCUGAGUGAAAUAAGAAAGACACAGAUAUAGCACAUUUUCUCUCAUAUAUGGAUGUUGAUAUGUAUAAUAAAUAUAUACAUAAUAAAACUGAGUGCCAUAUUGUUAAGUAUAUUUAUAAAUGUUAUCUUUCAUUGAUUUAUAACCCUUAUAUAAUAAUAUUCCUUUCUUCCCUCAUAAUCUGCCAUGAACCACAUGUGAUGUGAUAUUAAUAUGUCCACCCCUGAUUUCAGAAAUAAAGUAGACACCAUUGUUUGGUUGGUGCAGCAGUUAAGUCACCACUAGGGUUGCCCACAUUCCAUAUUACAGUGCCUAGUUCAAGUUCCAGGUCCUGUACUUCCAAUCCGAUUUCUGGCUAAUGUGCAUCGUAGAAGACAGCAGGUGAUGGCUCAAGUCCUUGGAUCCAUGCCAGUCGUGUGAGACCUGGAUUUAUUUCUGUGCUCCUGACUUUGAGCUGGACCAGUCCUGGCUGUUGCAGUCAUUUGAGGAGUGACCCAAUGGAUGGAAGAUCUCUGCCUCUGUCUCUCUGCCUUUCAAAUAAAAUGGGAAAAAUAAACAAUACAAAUAAAAAAUGUAUGUAUAGGAAUAAUGUUUUGCUAUCAAGUAAAUGUGGUAAAAUGUUAAAAAUUAUUAAAUC